AUGGACUGUAUUCUUGAUACUUCAAACACCAAGCGCGUCCCCACCGGGCCAGACACCAGUACCUACUACACCUACUCCGCGUCUGCGCUUACAGAGCUCGACUCCGUGACAAAUAUUGACGACGCAAGCACGAGUAACUAUGACAUGCUACAACAGAUUAUAGCAUCAUUUCGCAAGCCAAUUCCGACAACUGCGUCUCUGAGAGACCUUCGACUUGCUGGGUACCUCGCACCGAUUCACAGGCCACAGCCACUUCCACCUAUUACACCCAGACUGUCGCCCCGCGGCCUCGACGAUGAAGUAGAAUCCCCGGGGCCGCAGACACCACAGGAUAUUCCCGAAGAGCUCAAGAACACGAGUUAUCUCCUGGCGAGUGUUCUACAAAAGCAGGAUGAGGCACCCGACUACGACCAUUAUUUUCCCUUCCGAAUUGAUGGUCCGAACGCGCUGGGGCUCGAUAUCGGUCACGAGUUGAGCAACGAGUCCGACCUCGAGCCCAAGAGUAUCGUUUUCCGGGGUUUGAAUGAGCGAUACAGGCCUCGAUGGGAGGAACACCAGGCCCAACGCGCGGGCAAACCCACUCACCUAUAA